UAACGCUCAUACAACUGAAAGGUUUAUAAAUUGGUCUUGAGCUUCGAGGCACUUCGGUCUGGCCCUGGUAUUUUCAAUUUUUAGUUCAAGUUCAAAUUUUAACCAUGCAUUAAAAUUGAUUAAAAUAAAAAAAUAAGGUUAAAAAUAUAAGUAAAUAGAGAAUAAAGAAAAUAUGGACAUAACUGUGAACUAUAAAGGAGGAGGUUCAUUUGUAAAACUUCCUCCACAAUUUUCUUAUGAUGGCCAGACCAUUUUUGUGUGCUCGAAAAACUCUAUUUUGGAAUAUAAUACCAAAACUGCCAAACUCAUACAUGAAUAUAAAACUAAAGAAAGAGUAGUUGGAUUUAGUUAUCAUGUUUAUGAAUCCUUUAACUGUAUAACCGCUUGUUGCCAAAAUGGUAAAAUAAGUACCUGGAAAUUAAUCACACACUCUAAAAUAUCAGAAAGGGCACUUCCUGCUAGAAAUAUUAAAACUUUUCAUAUUGUUCCAUCAGAAGAAGAACAUUACAAUGCAAUAUACUCUUAUUUAAGGGAUGAUAUUGUUCAUUUUGCUUUAUGGAAUUCAGCAAGUAAAAAAUUAAAAUAUAGAGACUACAAAUUGAAACUAAAGAGUCCAGAUCCUUAUUUUCUUGCUAUUGGUAAUAACUUCUUUGUCGUUGGAGUGAAAAAUGAAAUUUAUUUUAUUAAAAUGGAUGAUUUUCAAUUUUUACAAAAAUGUUUUAUUGGAAGCAAUAGAAACUUCACUUGCCUAACUUGUCACCCAACAGAAGAAGUUAUUCUGGCAGGAGACGAUACUGGUAGAGUAGUAGCAUGGCAAGAUUUAUUUUCGAAAAAGCCAAAACAAACUGUUUUCCACUGGCACACGCUCCCUGUGAAUACUGUAUCAUUCUCAAAUUCCGGUAGUUAUUUCUACAGUGGUGGAGGGGAAUCGGUACUUGUAAAAUGGUUGUUUGAAAACGCAAGUGAUAGAAGAUUUGUACCACGUUUACCUGAAGAAAUAACCCAUAUUCAAGUUGCUAGUAAUAAUCUAUAUAUUGCCGUUGCGACCAAUGAUAAUGCCGUUAGGAUUUUGGAUAAUACAUUGAAUCAAGUCAGUUUAAUUCAGCAUUUGGUGUUAGCCAAUCAUUUUGACAGUGGGAUUGUUCAUGAUUUGAGGUCUAGGUCUUUAAUUAUGAAUGGAAAUCAAGGUCAUAUCCAAUUUUACUCACCAGAUGAUAUGUCUUUGCUUUAUAGCGUCGACAUUGCUGGACAAAAUAGAAUAACAAACGAACGUGGGAUUCAGAUGGUUAAUACAGAAAUCAAGAAAGUCGCAAUAAGUAAAAGUGGAUUGUGGUUUUCGACUGUUGAAGAAAGGAAAGAUGAAGAGUAUUGCGAUGAAAUUAGGUUGAAAUUUUGGAAAUUUGACGAAUCGAAACAACAAUUUCAUUUAAAUACUUCAGUUGAAUAUCCCCAUGAAGAUAGUAUUAAUAGUAUGUUAUUUGCACCUUCGCAAACUGAUGACAAUUUACAUUGCAUAACUAUUGGAGAUGAUAAAAAGUUUAAAAUUUGGAAAAUUACUGAAACUGAAGUGCUAUCAAGCAUACAGUUAUCAUGGAAAUGUUACGGCGUCGGUUUUUACAGAAACUUGCCCUGUAAUUCGUUAUCAUUUUCUAUAGACGGUUCUCUUUUCGCCACAGGAUUUUCGGACAUCCUAACGGUUUGGACGCCCGAUACUUGCGUCCUAAAAUGUUCAUUAAUCCAUCCAAUCCACAAGGAAACCAUCAGAAACGUACAAUUCGGUAAUGGGAAUCAGUGCCAUCUACUGGUGGCCGCGAAUAGCGGCAGAGUUAGCGUUUGGAAUAUUUUAACUCUGUCUAUGAUUUGGACCGUACCUAUACAAGUGUCGUUUUUGAUUGCCGAUUCCUUGUCGACAAAUAUGGCUGUUAUUACGCCAGAUAGAAAAGUUUUUGUUUUUUCGCCGAAUUCAAGUCAGCCGCUAUACGAGAAUAAUACGAUAUUGAAGAAAUUCAAAUCUAUAAAGGCUUGUAAUUUCGUUCCUAGUAGGAAUAUAAACGAUUUUCGGUUAAAUUGGUAUGAAAGGACCCAGUUGUAUUUUAUCACUUCUGAAAAUGAAUUGCAUUGCUUAUGCGAAAAUGAACUGAUUCCAGAAAUAACAGGAAGCGAAUUUAUAGAAGACAGAUCUAUAUCCAUGUACGAAAAGAGCCUACCCAGAGUCAAAACUGGACCAGUAGCGUCGAUACAGGCUAAAAAUCAUUUGUACGAAAAAGAUCCAGGACAUAAAACAUUCAAAACGUUUUUGGAGAGCCCUAUACAUACAUUGGCACCAAUCAGGUUUUCUUGUUAUUCUUUGAUUAGAUCUCUUGUUAUUCAAGAAGAAAAGUGAUUUAAUUAAACAUUUUUUAUAUUUAAAAA